GUUGGCCCUCGCCCUGCGUGUGUCAGUCACUCUGUGAGGAUGUCGCUGCUCAGCCGGCUCGGUCACCUCUCGUUCGACACGAGCCUUUCCAAUGGCGGCGUGCUCAUGCAAGUACGAACGGCCACCAAACGAGGAGGUGGGUCGACCAAGAACGGACGAGAUUCAGCCGGACGACGGCUGGGUCUCAAGAAGUUUGGCGGCGAGAAAGUCAAGGCGGGCCAGAUCAUCGUGCGACAGCGAGGCACGACAUGGCAUCCCGGUCAACACGUUGGCAUGGGAAGAGAUCACACGCUCUUUGCUCUCGAACCUGGCUUUGUACGAUUUUACAAGACGCCAAGAGAGGAGCGACCGAGCAGGGAGCGCAAAUACUGCGGAGUGGUGCUACAGAAGCACGAGGAUCUGCCUCGCGAUCAUGCCGCCGAGGGACGAUCGAGGCGAUUUGCCCUGACGCUACUCAAUCCGAGCGACAUUCCGCUCGAAUUACUACCGCAACCACAAACCAGCAAGGCGCACACCUCAGGUCAGAGAGCUUUUUCGACUACCGCAUCGGUGUCCCGGCCCGACACAAUAGACGAGGAGCCCAAAGAGUCGACGCGCGAGGAGGCGAAAGAGCAGCUGGAAAAGAAGCAGACUGAGAGCCAGCCCCAGGAGAAAGAGAAGCCAAAGUCUGUGCUCGAGCAUGGCGGCAAAUAGGGCAAUAGUAUGAUGCUCAGGUUCAUGUAUGUUGUACUGGCUGCAAGUCUGCAAUCGAUCAUACACUACACCGCACA